UUUGUUUAACAAGAUAUAGAAAGAUAGAAUAAAUAUGAUAUAAUAAAAAAGUUUACCCUAGACGUCAAGCGCUUCCAUUCCAGCAGGUGGCGGAAAUGCGACAUCAGCUGAGAGAAGAGGAGAAGAAGAGACACACAACACGAGCUACUGAGAAUGAGCACGUCAAACUGUUUAAAGUCAGAGAAGUGUUUUUAUUUUAAUCCAUAAUCAAACUCUUCCACUUCUUCGCGGUGUUUUCUUUUGACUCGGCACUAAGCGUUUUGUUUUAUGACAGUUAUAAAUCGGAGGAAAUAUUUCAGAUCGUGAGCUGAAUGCUGACCAUCAGAAUCCCUCUGCAGACAUGCCUGUCCAGUGCAGUCAUUGCUCACAAAGACGUGCAGUUCUCAAGCGGCCAAAGACGGGACACUCCCUCUGUAAGGACUGCUUCUUCGGGGCUUUUGAGGAGGAGAUCCAUCAAACCAUCGUGUCUGCCAGCCUGUUCAAUCGUGGGGAGACGGUGGCCAUCGGUGCCUCGGGUGGUAAGGACUCUACUGUUCUGGCCCACGUGAUGAAAGUCUUAAAUGAGCGCUAUGAUUACGGGCUGAACCUUCUGCUGCUGUCUGUGGAUGAGGGCAUCACCGGUUAUAGAGACGAUUCGCUGGAAACGGUGAAGAGAAACCAGCAGCAGUAUGAUCUGCCCCUGAAGAUCGUGUCUUAUGAGGAGCUGUACGGCUGGACCAUGGACGCCAUUGUGAAGCAGGUGGGAUUGAAGAAUAACUGCACUUUCUGUGGUGUUUUUCGCCGACAGGCGCUGGACCGGGGAGCCAUGAUGCUGAAAGUAGACAAGAUAUGCACAGGUCACAAUGCAGACGACGUGGCGGAGACGGUUCUCAUGAAUGUUUUGCGUGGGGACAUUGCACGUCUACGUCGCUGCACAGCCAUUAGCACGGCCAGCGAGGGAGAGGGCGCCAUCCCGCGCUGCAAGCCCCUUAAAUACGCCUAUGAGAAGGAGAUCGUCCUCUAUGCCUAUUUCAAGAAGCUCGACUACUUUUCCACGGAAUGCAUCUACUCGCCCAAUGCGUACCGAGGUCACGCUCGGGCCUACCUCAAAGACCUGGAGUCCAUCAGGCCCAGCUCCAUCAUAGACGUCAUCCACUCUGGAGAGACCCUCUCGAUAAAGGAGGGCGUGAAGAUGCCGGUCCAGGGAACGUGUUCACGCUGCGGGUAUAUCUCGAGUCAGGCUUUGUGCAAGUCCUGUGUUCUGUUGGAGGGCCUGAAUCGAGGGUUACCCAAGCUGGGCAUCGGAAAACAUCACCGCCUGCAUGGCAAAAUUCUGGCUCAGGAGCCUUUGACAGAGAAGGAACAAAGGAAACUAAAAGCUGUGGAUUUUUGACACAAGAUUGAUUUUAAUUACAACAUAUAACUAAACAAAAAUGUAGUUUUAAAGAUGCCCUGCUUUGUUUUAUGAGAUCAUUUUGUUUUAUUAUUGAGGUUUGGGUUAGUUAAACACAACUGAAUGUCACAUUUCAAGCUUUAAUGCCUUAACUCAGAGACACGAGCUGUUCCUAUCUGAACACGUUUCUAAUUGAAACGACAUUGUAAUAAAGUUUUUAAUCAUCCAUUCUAAUUUAACUUCCAAGUCUUUGGAAGAUGUUUUGUAUCACAUUAAACUGCUGAAAUUGUGGGAUUGUUACACCUUGUCCUAUUAAGCGAAUCUGUACAUAUUAGAGAAUAAAACGAAUAUGGAAAGGAGUGUUUUUAAUGUACUUCAACUUGUGACCUGAUGUGGUAUAAUCAUCCACAUAAUCAUAUAAUUAAGUUUGCAUAGUUAUAUAUUGGGCAUAAAGUCAUAAAAUAUCAUUUGUGAUUGCCAGGAACAGUGUGGGGCAAGUUACUUGGAAAAAGUUACUAAUUACAUAUUCAACAGUAAAAUUAGAUAACUAUACAAAUUACUCUCUCCAAAAAGUAUUUCAUUACUCAUGACUUUUUACUUUCUUUAUCCUAGAUCAACCAUGGUUGGUUAAGUGAUUCAAGGAUGGACAUAAAACGUCUCUCUUGAUUAAUUCAAAUAACUAGUAUGAAUCUACAUAAAGAAGUAUUAUUAACUGACCAAAUUAUUACAAAUGUGAGAAGUAUACAUUAAAGCAUAGAUUUUAAAGAU